AAAGCCUGACCUGGGCAGUUGGCAACCUCCCUGGUAUCCCCGGAAGGAAGAGAGGCAGUGUCUGUCAGCAGCUGCCUCCCUGCUGCCUGGAGCGCCUUUGCCUCUGCCGCCAGGGUCCCCGAGCCCGGGUCCAGCCCCGCCUCCAGCGCGGUGCCUCUGCUUGUGGCCCCGCUGAGACUCCCUGGGGCAGGACUGAACAAAGGUCCGGGCCCGCCCUGCUCCUCUGCCUGAGAGUCCCGGGAACGCGCCUGCGGGAACCGAGCACGUGCAGGACCGAGCUGCAGCGCGCGGGUAAUCCGAACCUGACAAAAUGUUUGCCAAAGCGACUCGGAAUUUCCUCAAAGAAGUGGAUGCUGGAGGAGACCUGAUCUCAGUCUCACACUUGAAUGACUCGGACAAGCUGCAGCUUCUGAGUCUGGUGACCAAAAAGAAGAGAUACUGGUGCUGGCAGAGACCCAAGUACCAGUUUUUGUCUGUCACCCUGGGAGAUGUUCUCACAGAGGGGCAAUGCCUCAGUCCAGUGGUUGUGGAGUCAGACUUCGUGAAAUAUGAAAGCAGGUUUGAGAACCACACGAGCGGGAGCAUCGGGACGGUUGUGGGGAAGGUCAAGCUGAACGUGGGCGGCAAAGGCCUGGUGGAGGGUCGCUCGUCGUUCGGAACCCUGAGGAAGCAGGAGGUGGACCUGCAGCAGCUCAUCCAGGAUGCAGUCGGGAGAACAAUUAAUCUGGACAACCCGGUGCUCCAGCAGGUGCUAGAGAGGAGGAACGAGGUCCUGUGUGUGCUGACACAGAAGAUUGUGACCACGCAGAAGUGUGUGAUCUCUGAGCAUGUGCAGACGGAGGAGAAGUGUGGAGGCAUGGUGGGGAUCCAGACCAAGACUGUGCAGGUGUCAGCAAUGGAGGACGGGACCCUCGUGAAGGACACCAAUGUGGUGCUGGAGAUCCCUGCUGCCACCACCAUCGCCUGUGGCAUCAUCGAGCUGUAUGUGAAACAGGACGGCCAGUUUGAAUUCUGUCUCCUGCAAGGGAAACAUGGUGGCUUUGAGCACGAGAGGAAAGUUGACUAUGUCUACUUGGACCCCAUGGCCUACAGAGAAUUUGCAUUCCUGGACAUGCCAGAUGGGGGUCAAGAGAUCUCUUCCCAAGAUGGGCCACUACAUAUUUUAAAACAAGCGUCUAUGCACCUAGAGAGGAGCUUCCAGCCCUUCGCAGUGUUACCUGCUCAGCAGCAGAUGGCGCUGUCCCGUCUCCUGCAGAAAGUCCUGUUCGAUGAGGAACUCCUUAAGGCCCUGGAGCAAGUGUGUGAUGAUAUGGCCGGUGGCCUCUGGUCCUCGCAGGCUAUAUUGGCGAUGAAGGAGCUAACAGACAGUCAGCAGCAGGACCUCACAGCCUUCCUGCAGCUGGUGGGGUGCAGGGUACAGGGUGAGCAUCCUGGCCCGAAGGACGAGGUCAGCAACCAGAAGCUCUUUGCAACAGCCUACUUCCUGGUCAGUGCACUAGCAGAAAUGCCAGAUAAUGCCACAAUUCUCCUGGGGACAUGCUGUAAACUCCACAUUAUUCGUAUGCUGCGUCACCUGCUCGACACUCUGUCUGAUGACAGAGUAUGUGAUUUUGAAGACCCCACCUUGGCUCCCCUGAGAGAUACUGAGAAGUUUGAGAUUGUGCAGCGUUUGUUUGCCUCUGCCGACAUUGCCCUGGAGAGGAUGCAGUUGUCCAUUAAAGCCACCAUCCUGAAGGACUCCUGCAUCUUCCCACUAAUUCUUCAUAUCACUCUAAGUGGGCUUUGCACUCUAAGCAAAGAACACGAAUAAUGUCUUUGCCUGUCAGAAGUAUGUGCUACUGGCCAAGGCUGGGUACUUUUUAGAACUGAGAAAAUACUUUAGGAUUUUGGGCUAAGAGUGGUGACUUUCCACACUGAAUGUCUGCAAGCAUUGUGAAUGGUUUAUUUUCAUCAGAGGCUUGGUGUGCCAAUAAACAGUGACCCCUGGUAACCAUGGUAGAUUCCAACAUCUGUGUCAUUGAGGGAAGUGUCAAGGGCUUUGUACUCAACUCAUCGGUCACUUUAUUUUCCACUCACUCCUGUUAUACAAAAACAGGAGAGUCUGAGACCUCAACAUUCAUCUUAGGCUAUGAAUGCUACAGGAAAGCAAUUUCUCUUCUUUCAGACAUGCUGUACAUUACUUGAUGACUGGGAAACUUUAAAUGCUACCAGAGUAUAUGAAACAAUAUUAUAUUAAGGUCAUCUGACUUUACCCACCUCAAUGUGGGGAUUUAGAUGAAUUCCUUUUAUUUGACUUUGUUACGCUUUGAUGAACAUACUAUGUUUAGAACAAUUCCAGUGCAUUCUGGGAAUUUGUCACAUGUUGCAAUUUCUAUCAAAGGAAAUUCUGAACUAUGUAAAGUUUGCUAUUCUGUUUUGAUGUCCUUCUGCUUCAGCAGUUUUGGAUAGUCUCCCCAAGCCUCCCGAUUCCACUGAAAGUAUUUGUUACUAUAGAUCAGAUUCAAUGCCUCUGGGCAGAAGCAGCAGGGAGAUGCAUGUUAGCAUGUAGUUUCCAUCUCCACUUCGCCCAUGCGGUCCCUUCAGAUUCUAAGGAAGAGUAACAAAAAUGAAAUAAAAUGAGACUCCACCUCACGCAGCUCUCUUUUACAGGGCUAAAGUUGUACCAGCAGCACUGCUCAGAAAUAAACUGAUCAUAAAUUAGGAAGGAAA